AUGAAUUUACGAAGUGAGCUGAAUGCAGCAGAUGCGGAACGUUUCGAUGAUCGAAUCGAACCGAUUCGUCUCCAGAUCCAGGCAGUGGUGAAUGCACUGAAUGCCUUCAUCUUGACAACCACCGAAAUACCGGAACCAAAAAACAUCUAUGAUGAUUUGUACGAGGAAUAUUUACGGCCCCAACAACUAGUGGAUAUCGAAGAUCUAAAUGAAGUGAUGGAGCAGCUUGCUCAACUUGUACAUGCUCAGCACGAUGUUGUUGACAGUAUCGAGGAGCACAUCGAAAGGGCCCACCUCGAUGUUCAUUCGGCUCACCGAGAUCUGAAGAAAGCCCAAGCUGCGCAAACAGCCAAAUAUCCGUUGGUAGCUGCAGCAGUGGGUGGUGCAGCACUGGGUGGACCUGUUGGUAUUGCUGCUGGUUCCACAGUUGCGGGAAUAUUUGCUGCACUUGGUGGACUCUAUGGGGGCCGAUAUUUUCGGAGGAAAGUACGAGAAACAGCGACUCAGAACGAUACCAGUUAA